CGGAGACGCCGUGCGGGCCAUGGUGGGAAGCUACUCAAGCCAGAACCUGAGUGAGCGCAUGACCUUGAACGGCGGCUUUGAGUGGUAGACCUUGGCUUGCCUAUUCCACUAUCGAACGGAGCUGGAGGCAUAUGGCGAGAAGCUCGAAGACCCGACGGCCAAAGAGCAUGUUCUCCUAGUCACCGAGAUCGUCAAGAAACAAUUCCGACGGGAGCCGACUCGAGGACAAUUUUGCGGCCGCAACGCAACCCAGCAUUGAGUUUCGCGACUUAUUCGCCCUAAAGACUAUUGACUAAUCAGAAAUAAUGAACGGGAGCCUUCGACGUCCUCAUGCUCCCCCUCAGGCAAAAGCGUCUCAUUCGUGCCCGCACAACUAAGCGGACUUCCUGCAAUGACACUUUCGACGAUCUGAUCCAGGGCAAAGACAAACGGUGCAUAUUCCUACUUCAUGGAGAGCCGGGUAUAGGGAAGACCUUCACGGCCGAAUCCAUUGCCGAUGAUAUCAAGCGACCGCUCUACGUCAUGAUGUCUGGUGAGCUCGGUUUGGAUGUGAAGUCUCUGGAUCAGAGCCUCGGAAGAUUUUCGACGACGCUUUCCAGUCUCGAGUCCAUCUCGCCCUCAAAUACCGACCCCUAGAUCCCACGGGCCGCGAAAAGCUCUGGAAUGUCUUCCUGCAGCGAACCGCGGGCUUCAACACCAACAAAUGGUCGUCUGAAGCACUUCAGGAGAUCGCGGUCGUGGAUGUGAACGGGCGACAGAUUAAGAACACCACCCGUACCGCGUAUGCACUCGCCAUGGCCGAGGGCCAAGAGUUUAACAUCGAACACGUUCGUGAUGCGCUGGAGACGGUGGUUAAGUCCCAGGUCGAUUUUAAAAAGGAGGCUGAGGAAGCCGAGGAAGUCGAUGAACCGGCCGUGGGUGAGCCUCUGUCAGGACUAGGCUUGGGUGCGCAGCAUCAUCAAGUUGAAAGGGUACAAUGAGAGGGGGAUUUCCUCGCAUUCUUGGGUAAUCAUGGUGCAUGCAGUCUAAGGACAGGCCGUAUCUGAG